AUGCUUAGUGCACGAGUGCUUUUUUUGCGUAUUCCUCUUCGAGCUUCUUCUACUAUUAGACGACUACAUCACAACAUAAUGAGCGCUGAAAUAGAAUUGAAGAGAGUUGCUUCGCAAGAGAUUAAACCGGUUAAGGUGAAGCAGAGUAAAAAGGGUAAGAUUCGGAAGUACAAGUCUAAGCCUCUAGAUCCUACAAGCUCACUUGGUGUUUUGCAGUUUGAGAUUGAUGAGAUUUUGAAGGAACAGAACUUGACUAGAGAAAAUAUUCUGACUGAUGUUGGUGGUAUCUUGAAUGAAGCAAGGGACGGACCAAUGCACAAGUUGUACCACAGGGAGGUGGACAACGUAGAAAUUUUAAGAAUGAGUGCCAGUGGUGAUGGACUUGCGUUGAUUCCUAAUCCUGCAGAACAUGAUAAAAAGCAGAUUGCAUUAAUUCCAUUUGGUGUACCUGGGGAUAUCGUUAAGAUCAAGACUUUCAAGACACAUCCAUACUAUGUUGAGUGUGACCUAUUACAAGUAUACAAACCAGGUGAUAUGAGGAAAGAUGAACUAAUCCAAUGCAAAUAUUUCGGUAAGUGUUCUGGUUGUCAAUUACAGUACCUAACAUAUGAUGAUCAACUGGCUUUCAAGAAGAGAACCGUUGUCAACGCGUACAAAUUUUUCGCACCAAGGUUGAUGCAAGAGAAUGUUGUGCCCGAAGUUGGUGAUACUGUUCAAUCGCCUUUAGAAGUAGGGUACAGAACUAAAUUAACUCCUCAUUUUGAUUUACCAAAGUGGCAGAAAGAAAACGGAGAGAGACCUGCUCUUGGAUUUGGUCACAAGGGUAGACCACAAUGGAGAGGCACUGCAGCUGGUGGAUCAAAUUCAAUCUUAGACAUCGAAGAGUGUAUAAUCGGAACAAAAAUCAUAAAUCGCGGGAUGGCUAAUGAGAGAGCUAGGUUUGAGAAGGAAUUUUCGAAAUACACCAAGGGCGCAACUAUUCUACUCAGAGAACAUACUAAGGUUAUCGAUCCAGAAACUCCGGUAGUGGAGCAAUUAGAUGAAGGUUCUCGUGAUGCUGAAGGUAAUGUGUCCUACUUAGAAAUCAAGGACACAGAGAACAAUAAAUCUUUGGUUAAGACAUGUGUUACCAACACAAGGCAAAUUGUAACCGAAUAUAUUAACGGAUACACCUUCCAGUUUAGCGCAGGUGAAUUUUUCCAAAACAAUAACUCUAUCCUAACAAAGGUAACGGACUAUGUGCGUAAAAACUUACAAAUUGAAGGAUCCAAACCUGAAGAUCCUCACUAUUUAGUCGAUGCAUACUGUGGGUCCGGGCUAUUCAGUAUUACUUCCUCUAAGGGCGUAGAUAAGGUUAUUGGUGUUGAGGUCAGUGCUGAUAGUGUUGCAUUUGCUGAACGUAAUGCUAAGGCUAACGGUGUUGAAAACUGUAAAUUCAUAGUCGGCAAAGCUGAAAAGAUCUUCGGUUCUAUUGAUACACCAUGUGACAGGACAAGUGUCAUCUUGGAUCCACCUAGAAAGGGUUGCGACGACAUUUUCCUAAAACAACUAGCAGAAUACAAUCCAGCUAGAAUUGUCUACAUAUCCUGUAAUGUGCAUUCUCAAGCUCGUGAUGUUGAGUAUUUCUUGAAGGAAACAGAAAAUGGGAAACACUACAAAAUUGAGAGCUUGAGAGGUUUCGACUUUUUCCCACAAACACAUCACGUCGAAUCGGUUUGUGUUUUAACCAGGUCUUAG